UAUUUUAAAUUAGCUAUUCUUGAAAUGAGUAAAACAAGUAAACUAACACUUAAUCAAAUAGUUCUAAUUUAUAAUUAUUUAAUUAAUAUAAUUGAGGAUUUUAUUGAUACAGCUCAAUCAAAUAAUAUUAUUGAUGUUGCUAAAAAUGCUAAAACUACAUUAAAGCAAUAUUAUCCAAUAUCUAAUGGACUUAUUUAUGCAAUUUCAAUAA